AUGAAGUUUGGUAGAAACUUACCUCGCAACCAAGUCCCCGAGUGGGCGGCUUCGUAUAUCAAUUACAAGGGCCUUAAGAAGUUGAUCAAGGCAGCUACAAAAGCAGCACAAGCGGGAGAGAAUGUUGAUCUAGCAGAGUUUUUCUUCGCUCUGGAUCGUAACCUCGAGGAUGUCGACUCAUUCUACAAUAAGAAGUUCGCCGAAGCCCAUCGCCGUAUCAAGCUUCUCGAGGAUAGAUAUGGCAGGAGUCCCGAUGUUGUUACCGAUCUAGAUGAUCAAGAGAGCGAGGAACUUAUGGGAGCUCUACUUGAGCUUCGGAAUCAGCUUCGAAACCUCCAAUGGUUCGGCGAAAUUAACCGCAGAGGCUUCGUCAAGAUCACGAAGAAGCUAGACAAGAAAGUACCUGAUACGACUACCCAGGAACGGUACAUCACGACGAAAGUCGACCCUAAACCGUUCGCCAAGGAUACAACUACCGUACGAUUGAUCAACGAGAUUAAUAAAUGGCUAUCGGCCCUAGGGGAUGCCCAGAAUCUUGACGAUGCCGCAUCAGUAAAUUCUACACGUUCAGUUCGUUCGCUCGGAAGAGUGACCGCCAAGGCCAUGUUAAGCGUUUCACAAGCUAUCCUCGAUAAGCUCGACGCAGCAAUUCGCAAGGACGAUGUAACGACCCUGGAAUCUAGCCUAACCUCUGAAAAACUGAUUACACCAGAACAGGUUUCCCAGGAAAUGUUGCUAAGCCUCCUCCAACGUUCAAUUUCCGCCCGAUCAAAGGCUUGUAUCGCGUAUCUUUUGAAACAGAUUAAGACGUUAGAAGAGCCGAAUGAUUUGAACGAGCGGAACUGCGUCCAUCGUCUAGUCAUCCAUAUUGGGAGAAGUAAAUCGUCUCUAGCGAGUGAUUUAGAACCUAACGCGGUUUCCCUCCCAAUCAAAUCUCACUAUAAUAGUCAUUAUGUUGCACCGGCUCAAGUCAACGGUUCCACGACAGCACGUUCCGCUAAUGGAAAUGGUGCAGAUCCACAGCUGUUGAGCAAGGAAGACGAUACAGUACAGGUUCUAUGUUAUCUUCUAGACUGCCUCCAGGAAGAGCAGCGCGCUGCGCUAGUCAGUAAAGAUUCCCUCGGCCGCAUCCCCUUACACUAUGCGGCGCAAUUUGGGUUUGUCGUUCUUUGCCAAGUCAUCAUGGCAAAAAUGCAGGAAUGGGGGCAAUUCAACGUCGAGGACGGGAUUGAUGCUCCACAGUGGCAGGAUAAAGAAGGCAAUGCGCCACUUCACCUCGCUGUUAUUGGCGGUCAUCCGUUGACUACAAAAUGCCUUUUGCAGGGCGAGAAUUGGCAGGGACCGACUCACAAAGACGGAAGGAAACCUGUUUCCAAGUCCAGUGCUGUGUUGGCAUUGGCUACAAAAUCGAAUUUCGUAUACAUAAUACGAUUGCUGGUAGAGGCUGGUGUCGAUAUCAACUGGCAGGACGAGACAGGCGAGACCGCACUGCACAUUGCCGCUAGGUUCGGACAUGCCGAGUGCGCUAAGAUCUUGCUCAAUGGUUCAGCCGAGCAGAAGGCAAACUUGGAAUUGACAGAGAAGUCGUUUGCGUGGACUCCUCUACACAUAUCAGCUGUAGACGGCCAUCUUGAUGUGGCACAACUCCUAGUGGAAGCUGGAGCAGAUGCCGGGAAAACUGACUCGUUUGGAUGGACGGCGAAAGAGCACGCCGCUUUAAGGGGACACCUGAAGAUUUCAAAACUUCUUGCGGAGUACACAGUCAACUCCCCAUAUCUUAACGCCAUGGAAGACGACCAAACGCCAUCCUCUGGACCGUCGACGCCUCCGGAGACAUCAUCCCUCGAAGACCGAAAAUCGGAUGGAAGCACUCGAAUCGCAGAGCCGAUUAAGUCUUUCGGACACCGCUACCUUAGGGACCGCAGUCUCGUGUUGGUGAGUUUGGGUUCUAUGGAUAUGCGGAAGAAUACCGAAGCCGUUAAGCUCGACCGCGUUCCCCUGACGGAAGCCCAUACGAAUCAACUCGACACAGCUCUGUCUAUUGUGGUUUCAGCGCAAGGCGCUCAAGGAGACCCUACUAUUAUUGACCUGCCCGUGCAUGAAAACAUCUCCACCGAGCCAAUCUUGUUCACUACCUCGGACGCUUCAAAUGUCAGGCUACUCUUUGACAUUGUGCCGACGUACUCUGGAAACGAGAAAAAUAAGAUAGGCCGCGCUGUGGCAUUGCUAUCUUCAGUUCGUCCGUCAAUUGGAACGAAACGAAUGAACCUUCAGGGUGAUGUAUGUGUGCCAAUAAUGGGUGCGAAUUUGGAAGUCAUCGGUGCAGUCAACUUCAAUUUCCUCAUUAUUACACCAUUCUCCCAUCCAAACAUGGAAAUCAACUCACAGCAAACGUACUGGAAGAAGUUGUCCUCUACUAUGGUCUUUGGUCAUCGUGGCUUGGGCAAGAAUUUCCUUGAGAAUAAGUCGCUUCAGUUGGGAGAGAACACAGUCUCUUCAUUCAUUGCUGCAGCGAACCUGGGAGCUCACUAUGUCGAAUUCGAUGUCCAGCUAACUAAAGAUCACGUCCCAGUCAUAUAUCAUGAUUUCUUAGUAAGCGAGACGGGGAUAGAUGCGCCAGUUCAUACAUUGACAUUGGAGCAAUUCCUUCAUAUCAACAAUGAGUCGCAAUCGAGAUCCGGAAGAGUGUCGCCGGAGAGGAAGAAAACGGAGACGAACGGAAACGGUGCGAAAGAGUCCGGGUCAAGGCAACGGUCUCUUUCUAUGGACUUAGCCAAGGGCGUCAAGGACAAUCUUAAUGAGCGUAUGAAAUACACGCUCAACUUCAAGCAGAAAGGAUAUAAGGCGAACACUCGUGGCAAUUUCGUCCAAGCGCCCUUUGCCACACUUGAAGAACUCUUCAAGAAAGUUCCGGAAAAUGUAGGAUUCAACAUUGAGAUGAAAUAUCCUAUGUUGUUUGAGAGCGAGAAAGAAGAUAUGGAUACAUACGCGAUUGAGCUCAACUCAUUCUGCGACACAGUUUUAGCCAAGGUCUACGACAUGGCCAAGAAUCGCCACAUCAUCUUCAGCAGCUUCAACCCAGACAUCUGUCUCUGUCUCAGCUUUAAACAGCCUAGCAUUCCGAUCUUGUUCCUGACUGACGCAGGAACGGAAGAGGUCAGCGAUAUCAGAGCUAGCAGUCUUCAGGAGGCUGUACGCUUUGCUAGCCGGUGGAACCUCCUUGGUAUCGUGAGCAACGCGGAGCCGUUUGUAAACAGCCCUCGGUUGGUUAAGGUAGUCAAACAGACCGGGUUAGUCUGCGUUAGUUAUGGAACGCAGAAUAACAACCCUUCUCUAGUCCAGCGACAAGUCAAGGAAGGUAUUGACGCGGUAAUCGUGGAUAAUGUAUUGGCAAUCCGCCGGGGAUUGACCAAGGAUGAUGAUUGA